UAUUAAAGUUUCUAAGGGAAAAGUAUGCUUCUAAAAUGCAGACAGAUGAGAACCAAGCAGCUUUAGGUUUAACAACAGCAUCACAGUCCUCUAGUGAAGAAGAUCUUACCAAUAAUAACUAUGAAAUUGCUGCCCAACUACCUAAAGAGGAAAAAGUCCCAGCAUGGGAAGAUGAAGUUAGAGUAGAGAAGGUUCGUUUACCUCCAAUAUUCAAAGCCGCUGCAGAACGACCAAGGAAUAGGACAGUUGAUGAAUCAAAUGAGAUCCUAAGAGGCCAGAAGUCUACACAAUUUGAACCCAAGCCAAAAGUUAAUGUACAGAUCAGUGAGCCUGAAAUAAGAAUCAAGUCUCCUCAGAAACUAAGACAUGAUGAAUCUAGAAGAAGUCAUUCUCCUCCAAAGAAGGCUUUACUUUCCUCAGAAGAAGUACCUCAUAAGAGAGCAACGACGUACACAAAGGUUAAGAAAUACAGCGAUGCAGCUUUAAAAGGUAGUUCUGAGUUACAACAAGUUGAACGGAAGGAAGAGAAAACUGAGAAGCCUAAGAAGAAAAGAAAAUCAAGAAGCCGCAGUCCUAUAAAAAGUGUUAUUCAAGCCAGCAAAACCCAUGAAAAGAAUACUUCAUUGAAUGAUGAAAACACUCAAAUUUCAAAGCAUAAGGAAGAAAUCAUACAAGUAACAUUUCAAACCAACCAGAUGACAGUUAGGGAUAUUGAAUCACAACCAAAAAUCAUUGGUGCUUCACAAAAACAACCCGAUAGUUUAGUGGAUGACAUCAGAGACAUGACAAAAAUGCCAAAUAAUCCUGUUGGUCUUUGUUUAAAAGAAGGAGACUUUGUUGCUAUCAAAGUACCAUCCAAACUAUACAUCAAGGGUCAGCCAUGUCUGGGUAAAGUCACAACAAUGGAGGAUAAUCUUGGUUUGUUAACUGUACACUAUUAUACAGGGUCAUAUGAAGGUUACUGGAGACCAAUGAUGAGUAGAACAAGCCCCUAUCUUAGAAAAGUCCCUCAUCAAAGUAUACUUUGUAAAUUCAAGUUAUCAACAGAGGGAAGAAUGAGUCCUAUUACUAGAGCUAAAGUCAGGAAAGUUGUUGAUGGAGAAGAGCAAAAGUAGUAGUCUAACCAAGAACUUAUCACCAAAAUGCUAUACAAAUAAUAAACAAGGACGAAAUAGUCAUAGAACAAUAUUWUAGUAUUUUUAAAUCAAAAUGUUGGCUUGAUAAGAAGUAGCCAAGGGUCAAUAAUUGUGUAAUAAUUCAGURUGAUAAAAGGUGUACAUAGAAUCAAUCUAACUUAUUUUUCAUAGACGUAUGUUUUGUAGCUCAUGUUUUAUAGCUGUAAGUAGAUAUUUUAUAAAUAUACUGUAAUCCUAACAUCAAAUGUAUGGGAAAAUGCAAUUACAUUUCGUGAACAAAAUGAAAURUUUUGAMAAAAUGUAAAUCACCUCUAGCAUUUAAUAAAUUAUUGUUUAUAUUAAUU